AUGGCUGACCUUGAUACUGGAUCCAACACGACUAUCCUUUAUAACGAUUUACAUAUAUUUGAUACAGUUUUACAAUUAUUGACUAUAGUUGAUGUACCCGAUCCUCCUUUACCACGAAGUUAUAGCACUGCAACAUUGCUUCCAGAUGGAAGAAUUGUUUAUAUUGGAGGUUUCACCCAGUCUGCUUCUGGAAAUAAUAUAUCCUUACAUGAUAUGAGAAAUAUCUCUGUAUUCAACACCGUUAACUAUGUAUGGUCACUUCAAACAGCAGAUUUGGCAAAUUUAACAACUGUUUCGGGACGAGUGGACGACCAAUCAAUUCAAGACACUACUUAUCCAGAUUAUUUAAAGCUAAAUGUUACACGCAAUCCUUUCCAAUUUUCUUUGCUAAAUACACAUGGAGAUAAACCACCACAACUAUCAUUUCAUAUCGCUACGUUAUAUAACAAUUAUAUGGUUGUCGCUUUUGGCAAAAUAGGAAGUAUUAAUAACAACCUAACAGUAGGGAACGCAAGCCCAGGAAUAUAUAUAUUGGAUUUACCAAGCUCAACUUGGAUGAACAUUUUUAUUCCUGUUUCUUAUAAAUCAGCACAAUCAGCGCCCUCGGCAAAGAAUUACAAU